CCCAAUGUAUUUAUAAAAAGUAUUGAAUAGGUUAUGACCUUUAUAUCUUUAAAUGAGAUAACAGUUUAGACUCUAUUCGUUUGUAAUUAUUUUCAAGUGGUAUGCACGCAAUCGAGAUCAUUCAUACCGUAUUCGUCCAUAUAUUUAAAAGCGGCUCAUUUCAGAACGAGCAGUUUACGUUCGUCCUGCAGAGGACGCAGCUGGUGCAGACGAGUUAUGACGUCAGACGAAAGUUCGUCUGCCUCGCAGAUCAGGCGAGUCUCGUCACGUGGGACACGAAAGCCAACAGAGACAACAACGAAGACCUCCGUAAGUUUGUGUUUAAAGCGGAGGCGGUCAUGACAUUUUACGACCCGGGCUUACGGAAGUUGAAAACCGGAAGUUACGUGCAGCUGGGAACACAAAUCGGAGCGGUUAUCGAACUCACGAACAACAUCGACGGCCUGUUUGACAUCAACAUCCGGUCAUGUGACGCGUCUGGCAUCUCGCUGAUCGAGGCGCGGAGCCCGGUAGAUGGCGCGCUGUUUCGCGGGUUCAACAAGACGUCACGCGGAGUGGUGGUGAACAGCUUCGCGAUGUUCCGAACGACUUCUAUGCGCCGGGAGCCAGUGAGCAUGAUGUUUUCCUGCGUGCUCGAGGUCUGCUAUGCACCCUGCGUCGAGUACAUCUGUGAUGGCACGGAGGCUGUAGCCAUGGUGCCGAGAUGGCGUCGCACGGCAGGAGGCGUGGCUAGGGAAGUCUCCCUGACAACCAUAUUCAGUGUCGGAAUGGAAGCUCUCCCGACCUCGGUUGUCUUGCCAUGUGAAGGGAUCAGUAGAGUCAUUGCUGUAUCAGUACUGGCGGCUGUCUCCGCCCUGUGGCUUAGCAGCAUCUCAGUCGCCACCUACUAUCUACGGGAAUGGAGGAGCAUUACUCACAAGCAUGGAGGUGACAGCGGGCAACGCGACCAUGAACAGAGCACAAACAGAGAAACGAUCCAGGGGCAUAUUUAGAUCACUUGACAGUAGGAAUAUGAGCCGCGUUGUGGGGAAACUGAUCUUAAUGCAUGUGCGUUAAGUGUCGUCAUGGAUUAGCCUGUGCAGUCAGCACAUGCUAAUCAGGGGCAACACUUAACUCUUUUAUAGAUUUUUUUGUUAAAAGGAAGUUUCUUAAUCCCUGAUUAGUCUGUGCCGACUGUACAGGCUUAUCUGGGACGACACUAUGCAAAUGCAUUAAGCCCUGUUUUCUCAGACCGCCACUUAUAAUGCGGGAUCAUUGCAAGCCAAAGAAAAGGUUGAUGUGAAUCAACAGCCUGUACGAGGUAUCAACAUUAUCCAGGAUUGGGUUAGAAGUGGACUUGCUCUGUCAAUGCAUGUCCGACACAAGAUGACAAUGAAACAGCUGAUGCGUAACAUGACAGAGGAAAGUUUGAGGACACUUUCCUAUGGUUUAUGACGUUUUAUCAGUGAUUCAACAUUCCCUGUUUCAAACAGUGAAAAACAACAAUGAAAAUGUUC